UACUCCAACCCUAACCCGCAGCUCAGCCGCCCAAUCCGUUCUCCAUCUCCAUCUCCCACUCCGUUUAAUAGAACCACUCUUUGUCUCUCUCUCUCUGUCUCUCGAUGUAUACAGGGUCGCUGCAUGAAUUGUAUGUGUUUUGUUUGAUUGAUAGAUUUGUAGUGGAUUACGCCGUAUGUGUUUACGCAAGAAUGGCGAAGCCUCGAAAGGGAAAGAGCGAAGAGCAAAAGGGAGAGAACACCGAAGCUGUAAUUCGCCAUCAGAAGCUCUGCCUUUCAAUCGACAUGGAGAAGCGUCGAAUUUACGGCUGGAGAGCGAACAGCAGGAAGUGCCUCUGGAGAAUGGGGUUAAAUCUUCAAUUGAAGAAAAACAAGAAGAACCAGGGACUCUGGAGCAGGGCCGGAUUUUAGGCUGUGCAAGCUGGGCUACCGCACAGG